CGCGCAGGCUGACGUGUCGCGCGCUCGAGAAGCCGGAAGUGGCGGCCGUCAGGGCGGGGGGAGACGAAGCCGUCACUGUUGCCGCCGCGGGCGCGCGCAAGAGGCGCCCAGAGACCCUCCGCCUCCCCCCUCCCCGCCACAGGCCGCCGCGCUCCCCCGCCCCGGUUCGUGCCGUCGCUGUUCCUUCGCGCCCCGUGGUCCCGCUAUGGCUCUGCGGCAGCUCCUCAUCGCCGUGGCACUAGCGGCGGCCGCGCUCCCCGCCGCCGCCUUCUACCUGCCGGGCCUGGCGCCCGUCAAUUUCUGCGAGGCUGGCAAGGAGAAGCCCGAGUGCAAAUCUGGAAUUGAGCUGUUUGUGAACAGACUUGACUCUGUGGAGUCUGUCCUUCCCUACGAGUACACUGCGUUUGAUUUUUGUCAAGCAGAAGGAAAGAAGCGUCCCUCAGAAAAUCUUGGCCAAGUGUUGUUCGGAGAGAGGAUAGAACCAUCUCCUUACAGGUUCACAUUCAACAAGAAGGAGACAUGUAAAUCUGUUUGUACAAAAACAUAUGAUACCAGAAAGCCAGAAGACAAACUGAAAUUAGACUUUUUGAAAAAAAGUAUGCUACUGAAUUAUCAACAUCAUUGGAUUGUGGACAACAUGCCUGUGACCUGGUGUUAUGAUGUUGAAGAUGGCCAGAGGUUCUGCAAUCCUGGUUUUCCUAUUGGCUGUUAUAUUACAGAAGAUGGUCGGCCCAAAGAUGCCUGUGUUAUUAAUUCAGAAUUUCAUGAAAAAGAUACUUUUUAUAUCUUCAACCAUGUUGACAUAAAAAUAUACUACCAUGUUGUGGAAAAUGAAGCUCUGGGAGCAAGACUAGUGGCUGCUAAACUCGAACCAAAAAGUUACAAGCACACUCAUCCAGACAACCCCGAUUGCUCCGGAGUACCUAUGGAUAUAAGUAACAAGGCUAACGGAGAAGUCAAAAUUGCUUACACAUACUCAGUUUCUUUUGAAGAAGAAAAAAGUAUAAGAUGGGCAUCAAGAUGGGAUUACAUUUUGGAAUCCAUGCCACACACGCACAUUCAAUGGUUUAGUAUUAUGAAUUCCUUGGUGAUUGUCCUCUUUCUGUCUGGAAUGGUAGCUAUGAUUAUGCUGAGGACACUGCAUAAAGACAUUGCAAGAUAUAAUCAGAUGGAUUCCACUGAAGAUGCUCAAGAAGAAUUUGGCUGGAAGCUGGUUCAUGGUGAUAUUUUCAGGCCCCCAAGAAAAGGAAUGCUGUUGUCCGUUUUUCUAGGCUCUGGCACGCAGAUCUUAAUAAUGACUUUUGUUACCCUGUUUUUUGCUUGCCUGGGAUUUUUGUCACCUGCUAACCGAGGAGCUCUAAUGACUUGUGCCGUAGUUUUGUGGGUACUGCUUGGAACUCCAGCUGGUUAUGUUGCUGCCAGAUUCUACAAAUCAUUUGGAGGUGAGAAAUGGAAAACAAAUGUCCUGCUGACAUCGUUCCUUUGUCCUGGAAUUGUAUUUGCAGAUUUUUUUAUCAUGAACCUCAUUCUCUGGGGAGAAGGCUCUUCAGCAGCUAUUCCGUUUGGUACUUUGGUUGCUAUUCUGGCACUCUGGUUUUGCAUAUCUGUACCGCUGACGUUUAUUGGUGCCUAUUUUGGUUUUAAGAAACAUGCUAUUGAACAUCCUGUUCGCACAAAUCAAAUCCCUCGUCAGAUUCCUGAGCAAUCGUUCUAUACUAAGCCAUUACCUGGCAUUAUCAUGGGAGGGAUUCUACCUUUUGGAUGUAUCUUUAUACAGCUGUUCUUUAUUCUCAAUAGUAUUUGGUCUCACCAGAUGUAUUACAUGUUUGGCUUCCUGUUUCUGGUAUUCAUUAUUUUGGUUAUUACAUGUUCUGAGGCCACAAUACUGCUCUGCUACUUCCAUCUAUGUGCAGAGGACUAUCACUGGCAGUGGCGUUCAUUCCUCACAAGUGGUUUCACUGCAGUAUACUUCCUAAUAUAUGCAAUACAUUAUUUUUUUUCUAAACUGCAAAUCACUGGAACAGCUAGCACCAUUUUAUAUUUUGGUUAUACCAUGAUUAUGGUUUUGAUCUUCUUCCUUUUCACAGGGACAAUCGGAUUCUUUGCAUGCUUCUGGUUUGUAACCAAAAUAUACAGCGUGGUGAAAGUUGACUGAAGAAACCAGUGUAAAGAAUUAACACGGAAGAGAUUUAAUCUUCAUUAACCUAAAUUAAAGACCUGGUCUUGACCCUGAACUUGAGCUUUAUCAGAAGUAUUGGCUUCCUGUUCUUUGAGAGCGAUCCAGAACACGCAGCUGCCCCAAAUACUUGUUUCCACUAACACGUUUGUGUUGUGACUUAACAACCCGAUUUCAUGCGGAUCUUACUGGAGAUCAGAGUUAGGCUAUUUAUGCGUUUGUAAAUACAACCGUACUCUAAGAGAAAUGUUCAAUUCUAAUCGCAGAGUAGAAGUGGCUGUCUUACACUACUUAAUGAUACUUCUGAUCAAAGUACAACUGUAAAUAGGUUUUUCUAGAUUGGUAGGUGGGAUGAAUUAUUUUUCUUUGAGGGAAAUGAGAACUUUUUAUUAUGCUAACUUUGAAGGAUGACUCUUAAGAAGUGUUGCUUUUAGUUUGGGUGUGAUUUUUAUUUUUCACUGAUGUUACGUCCAUAAGUACUCUGAUUUCUGUGACUUCAUUAGGUUCGGUGUUCCUGGCCUUUUAAACUACGUGCCUCUGAGUCCUUGAAUUUAUAAAUUCGUAAUCUAAUAAAUAUUGUAAAAAUGUCUUCAGUGGCUUAUUACCAGUUCAUACAAAUCUGUAAAUAUGAUUAUAUUGAAGACAGAUGCUUAAAGGCUGCAUAGAGUAUUUUAUGGCUUUUUCUAUGGUUUGAUGUAUGUUUACACACCCUCAGAUCUGCAGGAAAUGUUCUCUCUGCUACAUGGCUGUAACAUGGAAAUGUGAUUGUGGCACGUGAGAAUGAGUUCUACACGCAUUCAACAGAACCACUCUGCAGCAUUAGUUCA